GGCCGCGCCGGGCCCCGCCGAGCAGCCGCGGGGCGGGCGGGCUCCGGCGGCGCCGCAGCGGCAGCAGCAGGGCCUGAUUUGAGAGCUGCUGUCCCGAAUUACCAUGCUAGGAGCCCUGGAGCCUGGGACCUUCGCCGCCUGCCCAGAGGAGUGCUUGGAGGAGCGUGGCUUGAUCUCCCUCUUGUGGAAAACUAUUGGAACUAAAUUCAUGAGAUAUUAAAAGAGGUGAAGAGCUGCAUCGACUGACAAGUGAUGGCAGCCAUCACUGUGCCACCUGCCGCUCUCGGUGGCCCCCAAGGAGGCGAGGAGAUGGACUCCUUGAUCGCGCUGCAUUACAAUUACACAGGAAAGCUUAUUCUAAGAGAAAAGGCAACUGAUAAGGUAGACCUGCCAACUAUUGCAUUUCUCAUCUUGUGUAGCUUUAUAGUCCUGGAAAACUUGAUGGUGUUGAUUGCCAUUUGGAAAAAUAAUAAAUUUCACAACCGUAUGUACUUUUUUAUUGGCAAUCUAGCUCUCUGUGAUCUUUUAGCUGGGAUUGUUUACAAAGUAAACAUACUUAUGUCUGGGAAGAAAACUCUGAGCUUGUCCUCCACAAUCUGGUUCAUUAGGGAAGGCAGCAUGUUUGUCGCCCUAGGAGCUUCCACUUUCAGCUUAUUAGCAAUAGCUAUUGAGAGGCAUUUGACUAUGAUUAAAAUGAGGCCUUACGAUGCGAAUAAGAAAUACCGAGUGUUCCUGCUCAUUGGAACGUGCUGGCUGAUUUCAGUCUCCUUGGGUGCCUUACCCAUCCUCGGCUGGAACUGUAUAAACAACUUAACGGAUUGCUCGACAAUUUUGCCUCUUUACUCCAAGAAGUAUGUUGUGUUCUGCAUAAGUAUCUUCAUAGCCAUUUUGGUAGCUAUCGUUAUCCUUUAUGCACGUAUCUACAUCCUCGUGAAGUCCAGCAGCCGCAACGUCACUAACCACAAUAACUCCGAGCGCUCCAUGGCUCUCCUUCGGACAGUUGUGAUCGUCGUUGGCGUCUUCAUUGCCUGUUGGUCACCGCUCUUCAUUCUGUUCCUCAUCGAUGUGGCCUGCAGGGUCAAGGAGUGCUCUGUCUUGUACAAAGCCAACUGGUUUAUUGCUUUGGCCGUCAUCAAUUCUGCAAUGAAUCCCAUCAUCUACACUUUGGCCAGUAAGGAAAUGCGGCGGGCUUUCUUCCGUCUUGUUUGUGGCUGCCUGGUGAAAUCCAAAGUGGCAAGAUCCUUGCCUAUUCAGCCCACGCCAGAUCACAGUCGAAGUAAAUCCAGCAGCAGCAAUACCCAGAAGCCAAAGGAUGAUUUCCCACAUAUGAAUGUUCCCUCAUGUAUCAUUGAGAAAAAUGAAUCUUCAUUUCAAAAUGGAAACUUCUGUAAAUAAAAUUCUCCUCAAGACAAGGACUUUUCUGUGGCUUUUAGGGUUAAACUGCAAAUGGAGUUCCAAUGUUCAUGCACUUAAAUCAUAGGGGAAAACACUAACCACUUAUUUAACUUUGAGGACUUAUUUAUCAGCAGUCAUUUGUUUUGGGUAUUCAUUCAGUAACGUGCCUGAUUCAGGAAAACUUUUCAUGCUGCCCACUCAACAGCCGGGACAGAGUCCAUGCAUAUCCAGUGACAUUGUACACUGCGAUGGCAUUGCAUAUAUAUGGUUAUAUAUGGCACUGCCUGAUCUUGCAAGACAUCUAUAAGAUCUAUCAGAACCAUCACCAUUCACUAAUGAUCUAAAGAUGAGUCUGAUUGUUGCUGAUUGGGAAAAAGGCUCAUUACAUAUGUUGGCAAUUAUAGUUAUAUGUAUCUUGCUGUUAUGUUAAUGGCCUUACAUGUAUGUAGUAUAAAUAGCUGUAUAUUUGUACAAUUCCUCAUUAAAAAGUCAUUGUUUGGCAAGAGUUUACAAUAUGCUAAACAUCGUAUUGCAGUAUACAGUGUAAGAUGACAAAUUAUACCAGUAGAUAGAUGUGUUUCAAAGAGGAUGUUUGAAAACGUAUGAAGAAGUAGCUUUAAACUGACAGAGGAACUUUAAUAUGCCAUAUCAAUGCAGUAUUUUUAUUUUUUUUCAUUGUUAGGCAAACUUUAUUUUCAAUGAAAGAUAACAUGACGGUUGUCACUCUGACAUUUCACAACUUAUUUUAAACAAUAGUAAAUAACAAACAGUAGCAAAUAACAAUUGAGAAAGAGUAUAUAUGUUUGUUAUUUAAAAUAGUUAAAAUAUGACCAACAAUAACAAGUAUAUCAAGUGUAUGUACUAUUUCAAUGCAUAUAUUUUUACUUACUAUUUUCAAUGUAUUUAAAAAUGUAUGUCAAAUCCAUGUAAACCUGUGUACAUUGUAAAUGCACUAUCUAAGCUGAAAUUCUUCAGUCCUGAAAAGGAGAAGUAUCAUUUCAGAAAGUAAUGAACCACAAGUAGGUUUUCCUGGGGAGUUCCUCAUUUUCUCUCCAGGCACUACCAUGGCAUGGGAUCAUAUUAUGGAUUCAGUCGGGGAAGAAGUCCAGCCAGUGAGACGAGAUCUCAGUGUCUGUCGGUGGGACCUACGCUUCUCCAGCCUCUGGGUGCUUUUGCAGACACAAGAGGGAAGAUGCAGUGCAGCAGGAUCAUGGCAAAGUGAAUAUCUUCAUAUAUAUACCUGACCCUGCCUUGGAUCUGGAAUGAGAGCCCAUUCAGUUUGGAAGACCUUCCACCUUUCCUGGAGCUACUUAUUCUUUAGGGAGGUUGUUCCAGAGAAACCUCUAUGCAAACAACUCCAUGGUUCAUCGCUGCGUUACUGGGCUCCAUUCAGGAUGGUGGCCUGCUUCAGAGUGGGCUCCAGUGACCUUUAAGGUUUAAGGGUUAAGGAUUUAAGGGUUAAGACAUCAUAAACAUCUGGGGUCAGGUCCCCAUGAACAUGGUCCAUGGUACUUCUGUCACUAGUACUUCAGGGUUGGAGGCUUCAGUGGAGGUUGAAGGGAAAUGGUCGAAUGAGUUCCUGUCAUCUUUCGAUGGGAAUGUAAUCAUCCAAUUUUCUUGGGCUCUUGUGAAGAUUCCUGUUUAAUGGCUCAAACCAGACCUUGCCUUAUGCACAAUCGAAAGUUGAGGGAUUUUUUUUAAGUUCAUAACUUGUAAAAGUUGAUUCUUAGCUUUACUCCUGUCUCAAUCAUUUAACGCAACAGCAUUAAAAAACUCUUUCCAAGUAUGUACAGUGUAUAAAUCAUGUUAUGUAUGUAGCAAAAGCCUUUAAAAUAUAGAGGUGUGCAUUGUUGUUA